ACAUGAACCGUGAAGACCGGAAUGUGCUGCGUAUGAAAGAAAGGGAAAGGCGAAAUCAAGAAAUUCAACAGGGCGAAGAAGCCUUUCCACCAAACUCUCCUCUCUUUGCUGAACCUUAUAAAGUUACCAGCAAAGAAGAUAAACUAUCUAGUCGUAUUCAGAGUAUGCUUGGGAAUUAUGAUGAAAUGAAGGAUCUUAUAGGAGACAGAUCUCUGCAAAAGCUUGUUGGAAUUCCCAAGCCAACAGUACCAUCAACCCCAGAUGAAAAAUCAAACCAAAGUUUCUUUGGUGAACAGAGACAUAGUACUAGCUCUCAUCAGAGCAACAAGUGGACUCCUGUAGGACCAGCACCUAGCACUUCCUCCCAAUCUCAGAAACGGUCCUCAGGUUUACAGAGUGGACACAGUAGUCAGCGUGGCAGUGGCAAUAACACUAGCAGUAGUGGCCAGAGACAUGAUCGUGACUCAUACGGUGGUAGCAGUAGCAGCCGCAAAAAGGGCCAGCAUGGAUCAGAACACUCAAAAUCCCGUUCUUCCAGCCCUGGAAAACCACCUGCUGUUUCUUCAUUGAGCUCCAGCCAUUCCAGGUCUCAUGGAAGUGAUCAUCAUAAUAAGGAACAUCAGCGUUCAAAAUCUCCACGUGAUUCUGAUGCCAACUGGGACUCUCCCUCCCGUGUACCUUCGUUUUCAAGUGGGCAGCACUCUAACCAGUCUUUCCCACCUUCGCUAAUGUCCAAGUCAAGUUCAAUGUUGCAGAAGCCCACUGCCUACGUAAGGCCCAUGGAUGGACAGGAGUCCAUGGAACCAAAGUUAUCUUCAGAACACUACAGUAGCCAGACCCAUAGCAACAACAUGAGUGAGCUGAAGCCUAGCAGCAAAGCGCAUCUAACCAAGCUGAAAAUACCGUCUCAACCACUAGACGCAUCAGCAUCUGGCGAUGUGAGCUGUGUGGAUGAAAUUCUAAAAGAGAUGACCCACUCUUGGCCUCCCCCGCUGACUGCUAUUCAUACACCAUGCAAAACAGAACCUUCAAAAUUUCCUUUUCCAACAAAGGAGUCUCAGCAAUCCAGUUUUGCCACUGGAGAGCAAAAAAGAUACAAUCCUGCUUCAAAAACGUCCAACGGUCAUCAGUCUAAAUCAUGUGAAUCGAACCAGACAGAUAUGUUGAAAGAUGACUUAAAACUCAGUAGCAGUGAAGACAGUGAUGUUGAACAGGAUUGUGAUAAGACAGUGCCAAGGAGUACACCUGGAAGUAAUUCUGAACCUUCACAGCAUAAUAGUGAAGGAGCAGAUAACUCCAGGGAUGACUCAAGCAGCCAUAGUGGAUCUGAAAGCAGUUCUGGAUCUGACUCGGAAAGUGAAAGUAGUUCCAGUGACAGUGAGGCUAAUGAGCCAUCACAGAGUGCAUCCCCUGAGCCUGAACCACCACCAACAAACAAGUGGCAACUCGACAACUGGCUGAACAAAGUGAAUCCGCAUAAAGUUUCACCAGCAUCUUCUGUGGACAGUAAUAUCCCCUCCUCACAAGGUUACAAAAAAGAGGGGAGAGAUCAGGGCACAGGGAGCAGUUAUGCUGAUCAAAGUGGGCCCAAGGAUUCCAUUUCUUCCACUCCUGGGAGAGAUUCCAAAACUACUCAAAAAGGAUCAGAGAGCAGUCGCGGCAGGCUGAAGUCACCUGCACAGAGUGAUAGCGUGACGCAGAGGAGAACUGUAGGUAAAAAACAGCCCAAGAAAGCAGAAAAGGCAGCUGUAGAAGAGCCCAGAGGGGGUCUUAAAAUAGAAAGUGAAACACCAGUAGACAUGGCAAAAAACAUGCCCUCAAACAGGCAUAAGGCAGCCACAAAAGGUUCCAGAAAACCCAACAUAAAGAAAGAACCCAAAUCUUCUCCUCGACCUACAGCAGAGAAAAAGAAAUACAAGCCUUCAAGCAAACCAUCCCAGAAAUCCAGGGAAUUCAUAGAAACAGAUACCUCAUCCUCUGAUUCUGAUGAAAAUGAGAGCCUGCCUCCUUCCUCACAAACCCCCAAAUACUCUGAGAGCAAUAGGACUCCAGUUAAAUCUUCCAUGGAGGAGGAUGAGGGCUUUUAUCGGCCAAGAAUAUUCUCUCCUAUGGAAGAGAAAGAACUUCUUUCACCGCUCAGUGAUCCUGAUGAAAGGUACCCACUUGUUGUGAAGAUCGACCUGAGCCUCUUAUCUAGAAUACCAGGGAAGCCUUACAAGGAUGCUGAUCCACCCAAAGUUGAGAAGAAAAGUGUGCCGGAGAAGCAGACAAAAGAGUCCCAGAAACAACCCUCUGACAAAAAUUCCACCAAGGGCAAAAGGAAGCAUAAGAUUUCUGCUAAUGUUACUCAGAAUGAUGAUGACAACAGAGCCAGUGAAAGCAAGAAAACUAAACUGGAAGAAAAGGCUUCAUCAGGCCACAAGACCUCCAGCAGCAGAGAGUCUUCAAAGCAAGGUGCAGUUAAAGAGAAGGAUCUGCUACCUUCUCCUGCAGCCCCAGUCCCUCAGAAAGAUCCCAAGCAAGAACAUGGGUCCCGGAAAAGAACAGUCAGUCAAUCAUCUUCCUUAAAAUCAAGCAGCAACAGUAAUAAGGAGAGUAGCAGCAGCAGUAAAAGUAACUCUUCCUCAUCCAAACAAAAAAAGACAGAAGGGAAAAGUUCUAGCAAUUCCAAGGAAGCCAAGGAAAAGGUUCUAAACAAUUCAUCAAACUGCCCUCCUGCAUCUACUCCAGCUACAGAGAGCUCCAAGUCCCGAAGAGCGAAGCUUGUCUUUGAUGAGAGGUCUUACUCGGCUGAUCACUACUUACAGGAAGCAAAGAAGUUAAAGCAUAAUGCAGAUGCACUGUCUGACAGAUUCGAGAAAGCUGUUUACUACCUUGAUGCUGUAGUGUCAUUCAUCGAAUGUGGGAAUGCAUUGGAGAAAAAUGCUCAGGAAUCCAAGUCCCCGUUCCCUAUGUAUUCAGAAACUGUGGAAUUAAUCAAAUACACUAUGAAACUGAAGAAUUACUUAGCACCAGAUGCUACAGCUGCAGAUAAAAGGCUAGCAGUGCUUUGUCUUCGAUGCCAGUCCCUGUUAUACUUAAGGCUAUUCAAGCUGAAGAAGGAGAGUGCAUUGAAAUACUCCAAGACAUUGACUGAACAUCUAAAGAAUUCCUAUAAUAAUUCUCAAGCACCAUCACCUGGUAUGGGAAGCAAGCCUGUUGGCAUGCCAUCUCCGGUCUCUCCGAAGCUAUCUCCAGGGAAUUCAGGGAAUUACUCUUCGGGGACAACCAACCCUUCAGGAAGCAGUUCUUCAGUGACUAUUCCACAGAGAAUCCACCAGAUGGCAGCCAGUUAUGUGCAGGUUACAUCCAACUUUCUCUAUGCCAAUGAAAUCUGGGACCAAGCUGAACAGCUCUCUAAAGAGCAGAAAGAAUUUUUUGCUGAACUGGACAAAGUUAUGGGCCCUCUUAUCUUUAAUUCAAGCAUCAUGACAGACCUAGUCCGUUAUACCCGGCAGGGAUUACAUUGGUUACGUCUGGACGCCAAGUAAUAUUUUGAACUGAAGGAUUGGAAAGUAGAACACACAUUUUUCUUGCUGCCUCUGAUUUUCUCCACAACACUGUGUCAUGUCCAAUAAGGAAGACUGCCAUAACAUGUUGCCUAGUUGACACUAAGAGCAAAGAAUGCUUUCACAUGUCUCCCAUUCUCAUUUGUGUGUUUAACCCCAAAAUGUCUUGUUAAUGGACUUCUUUGGUAUUCCCAUUUUAAGUUAUUUAAUUAUUUUAAAAUCUGCUACAUAUAAAGAUGUGGUUUCACUGAUCUGUAAUGGAUUGGAAUUCCAGUCAUAAUACAUAACUAAUCAGUUUUAAAUCCUAUUUAUUUUAAUUUGUUUUUAAAAAUUUUUACGAAGCCCUGUUUUGGGCAGUUUUAGGACUUAGCUGUUUCUUCCUAUAAAUUUACCCUUAUCAAGUACUUAGCAGAGAUUAAUGUAGACACUUUAUUUAAGUACUUUGUGAGCUUUGUUACUCUGUAAUGUCUUGUGGUAGUAGAGCUUGUUAAAGAAAAUAAGGGUUGAUAGGUUCUAAAGUAUAGCGACACCAUGCUUUUCAUGCCUAAUGCCUAUGACUCAAAUCUUAAAUGACAACUACAGUUUUAUUAUUGCAGAAUUUGUACUAAAUAUUGAAAAAAAAAAAA